AUGAGCACUGAGGACGCCAUGGGCCAACGGGGCAUCAAGAGAGCAAGGCCUUUGCUAGCCACAGAUUCGAGCAAGCCACGGGGACCGUAUGCACUUCGUGCAUGUACGUCUUGUCGGCGACGGAAAUGCAAAUGCGACGGCCAUCAACCAUGCGGCUACUGCCACACUCGCGGCCAGCUUUGCAUCUACGUGAAUGAAAGUAUUCCUCUUCAACAUCCGGCACAACAACCGCAGCAAGUAUCACAACACCAGGCGCAAAGGCAAGUCUUUCACAAUGAUCCGCUCUCGCACAACAGAUGCCCACUGCUAGCUAUCCCUGAUGACCCUGUAUCAUUAGGCGAUGACUUCUCUCGUCCGCGCAGUACCCGUGCUUCUCUCACAGGAGAAGCUACAAGUCUACGCAGCAAACUGAACAAUGCCAGAUCGAUGAUCGAAAUGAUUGACAAACCGAACAGCAACACUGAUUCUGCGGCUUGGAAGGGCCUAGAUUUGGAUGAAGAACUGCGUUCUGAUGACCAAUUGAAAGCCAUGCCAAAGACACCAGGUCCGGCGAAAGAUCGGGACGGACUUGAACCAAACACAACCAGCCCAGCUUUCUACGGACCAACAAGCCCGGACUACAGUAUGAAUCUCGUGCGGACAAAAUUACGAGAGCGAGGGCACCUCGCACCCUUGCACCGCCGCCAGAUGCUGCCGAGUCUAAAAGGGAAAAGUACCGUCUCGUGCACCACCCAUUGGCAACCAGAACGGCACUGUGACAGACACCAGUUGCUACAGUUCCGGUCUUGGCUGACGUUGCAAGAUGCCAGAGACGUCCUAUCUACUUACCACGAGGUCGUGGGAGUCUUGCAUCCAUUUGUCGACUUUGAACAUAUGAAAACGCAGCUGGACCUCUGGUAUUCUUACGAUUCGAGCCGAUCUGUUGGCAGAAAUGACGAGGUGGAUGAUGAUGAUCUCAUAAUCCUGGUUUUGAUACUAGCCAUUGCAGCACAUGCCCAAGUGGACACAGUACAUGCAAAAAUGGCGUUUGUUAUGCAUUCUAGCUUUCAGCACGCUGCCAAUGCUACAGUCACAUCCGGCACAGCAAGCAUCAAACAAGCCACCAUCGUUUUAUUACUGGGCUACUAUUACUUCACCUACGAUCUGCCACAGCUUGCGUUAAGAAUGUGCGGCACAGCUGGGCGCAUUUUACUGGAACUUGGGUUUCAUAAUAGCGAUACACUGAAUCAAGUUCUUCGGUCAGAGAGCCGGCAUAAGGCAGCUUGCAUCAUGAUGUCCACCGUCAUUGUACUUGAUCGUCAAUGGAGCGCGAUGACCGGCCUGCCAGCAAACUUUCCCAAUGCCACAUUUAAUCCGACAUCUACCUUGGUGAGCAUUUUAGCCCCUAUAAUCCUCAGGACAGGCGGAGAAAUCUUCAAUUCGUGCAAGAUCUUUGUUCAGCUUGACGCUCCUUAUACGAAUGCAAUGCACAAGCUUAUCUUAAUCAGCGACAGAUUCAACGAGCCUAUAACUCUUGCAGCUGAGGGCGGCGGCUAUGCAGAUGAUGAUGCCGUUGAGCUCUUAGUUUUCCAAAUCCAACAGUGGCAAAGAAAUGUUGUCGGAGGCCGAACCCUUCGCGACAUGCUGUCUUGUUUUUCAGAACAGUCCGCUGUUCCACCCGCGUGGGAGCUACUAGUGGUUUUCCGAGCCGCGUCCAUCCGAAGCCUCUUGCUGCGGCCGUAUUUCUUCCCAACAUCGCAUAUCCAGAGAAGCAAACAACAUCUUCUCCCAGCCCUUGAACUAGCCUCAGAUGUUACGGGUGCUCUCACAAGUUUGGAUUGCACUACAUCUAUCUAUCGCAACCACCGACCAUACUACCAACACAUAUUGUCAUCCAUUUGUGCCCUCCUGUUCCUGGUAGCCGCUCACGUCGAAGAGCACCGGCAGGCUAUCCAUCAAUACCUACCGCCCGAUUAUGAUGACCAAAUUAUCCGUUACUUCCAGUCGGCGAGAAAGCUGACUGAAAAGUAUGCGGACGUAUCCAAGGGAGCCAAUACUCUGUGGAGGAGAAUCCAAGAACUAUGUCGUGCUAUGGAAGCCUCCGGCUCACAGCACUCUUCAUCCGCUCCCCCCCAACCUAGUUUUACGUUGGUAGGUACCUCCUUGACGCACCAGCAAGCCGAGGAGUCCCCAACUUUUAUAGAUCCACAAAAAGAAAGCACGACGGCUGUGGAAAAGACACCCUUUGAGUUUGAUCCGUGCUCUUUCGGCGCCAGCUUGGAUAUCGAUAUCUCAAUCGAGGAUGACAGCGGCCUUUUGCAGGACUCACAGGUCUGGGGACUAUCAGAUUGGCCAUCUAAUCUACAAAGCUAUCUAUUUCAGUGA